GCGUUGCGAGUCGUGGUGUUACACCUCAGGAAUGUAGCUCGUCAACAAUAGUUAGCUUUCGUUUCGCAUCAGCUGGAGCUGUUGGCAGCUGACCGUGGUAUCCUCUGGCUGUUUGUCACCCCGUCUCCAGCCUCAAAGGUGCCAAAACCAACAGGAUGGCCACAGCGCAGUCAGUGUUGCUGCUAGCAGUGCAUAUUCUGCUGAUCUCAGAGUUCAUCCUGGCCAAGAGAGACUACUACGACAUACUGGGGGUGACCAGAGAUGCCACGGAGCGACAGAUCAAGAAGGCCUUUCAUAAGCUGGCCCUGAAGUACCACCCUGACCGAAACAAGGGGCCAGACGCCGAGGCCAAGUUCAGAGAGAUAGCAGAGGCAUAUGAGACGUUAUCAGACGAUAAGAGGAGGCGAGAGUACGACCAGUUCGGCCACGGCCCGUCACCAGGUGACGGUCACAGAGGAGGAGGCGAAUAUAACUUCAACCAGCACUACCAGUCCUUCAACUUCGAUGACAUCUUCAAAGACUUUGAUGACUUUGGUCAGCGACACCAACACCACUUUCACUCCCACUCCCAGAAUCAAGCCCACCAAAAGAGACACUUUGACAGUCACUUCCAGGCCCACCGGGAGUCCAUGAACAGACAGAGGAGGCAUUUUCAGCAGGGGGGCUUCGGUGGAGGACUCUUUGAUGACAUGUUUGAGGACUUGGAGAAGAUGUUCUCCUUUAACACGCACACUUCCAGGACUGAGAGUAGAUUCCAGGGCUCAGUAAAGCAGCACUGCAGGACAGUGACCCAGCGCAGAGGGAACAUGGUGACCACCUUCACCGACUGCUCCUGAGACAAGCAGAAAAACAUUGUUCUGCAGAGUGCAGCCACUUGGGACAAUACUAGGGUUUUUUUUUUUUUUAGUUGCGGUGUUGCAACUGAAUACUAAUUUAUCACCUGGUGGAACAGAAAAUGUUUUUGUGUGGCUUUUGUAAUCGUCUUUAUGUAAUUUCCUCUCGGAACAAAUAUCCAAGUUGGCCUGAUAAGCGGCUGCUUCCAAGCAAUAACUCACUCUCAUUAUUGCUCACGGCACGAGAUUAAGUCUCAUGUUGAUUCAGAUACCUCCUCAUUAUUUAGCUUUCCAAGUUGAUCAUGUUUACUUGUGUUUAUUUCUUACGAUGGCACAAUCUGUUUAGACUCAGGUAUGGCCGAAGGUUAAAAGAUAAUUUCAAUUAAAAAAGAUAACUUUUUUCUUGGGGAGCAAUGAGGCAAUAACAUUUAUUCGUUCUGAAUCUAUUUUGGCCAUACUAUUAUUGUACUCUCUACUGCAUAAACCUUUCUCUAAUGUAAAACCAGGUAUCGCUAGUCUCAGCAUUAUGUACUCUGGACUUAGAUUUUCUUUCUUUCCUAGUUUUUCUUUCAUUAGCUUAUUAUCAAAAAUUACAGUUUGAAGACUCAUGGAUUUCAAUUUUACAGACUUGUAUCAAACUUUGCUGUGAAAAUAGAGUUUCACUUCCCGAGCAGUGUGUGAGCUGGCCUUUAUCGGCUGUUUAUUUCAUAAUUUGCUCACUUUUGGCUCUGCCUCUUCAGUUUAGAUGUGUGUUUGCCUGCUCGCAUUAUCAACUGUUACCUCAUUUUAGUUUUUUCCUCUAGAGCCGCAUCUACCUUCCCAUAGUCAGGCUAGGAAAGUCAUAUCAGUCCCAUGACAAAUGCUGGCACAGUUGCACAGUAAAACUUUGUGUACUCUCUCAGCUGUUUUGUAACCAGUUGUUCUGGUGGUUAACAAAAAAAAAAAAAAACAAACCUGGGGCUUGACUGCCAGUGAAGCUGAAUGGCCUGAAAAGUUUCCUAAACUGAUCAUAAUGUGCAAUAUUUAGCACCUUUGCUCUUCAUGUUGCCUAUCUUUCAUAGACAGUGCUGUGUUAAUGUCAUUGUCUAAUGUCCGCACUUUGUGUGUGUGUGUGUGUGUGUGUGAAUGUGCGCUCAGAAUUUUGAUUGGUUGCAUAACGUUUGAGGACUGAAUAAAAAGUAAACUAAACACAA